AUGUCCAACAAACCACCAGCAAAUGGUGAAGUUUUCACAACUGUGGAAAACUGCCAGAUGAAUUUUAACAGUAGUAGGGGCAAGGACGUUUUUUCAAGAUCCAAGGCAUUGCUGGAACAAAAUGGAGGGAAAAAAAUUGGAAAAGAUCCUGUGACUAGAGAGGACAGAAAAAAUGAACGUGAUGCAACUCGAAAGCGAGCUCUUUCAAACAUGGAAAAAGAAAAAGCUCUUUCAAACACUGAAGAAGAAAAGGAGUCGAAGAAGCCCAGACCAGAAAAUGGUUCAAACGAGUCCAGGCAUUGUCUUCCCUUUGAUUUCCACCACGUCCUCAAGGCUAUGCAAGCUCUGACUCCUGUAGGUGAGACUCCUGUAGAUGAGACUCUACCAAAACAAAAGGACAACACGACCACAGCUGAUGUUGCCACUACUGAAAUUGAGACUCCAACACAAAAUGACAACACAGCCAGAGCUGAUGUUGCCACCACUAGUAUUGAGACUUCAACACAAAACGACAACAUAACAACUCCUGUCGAUGAGACUCUACCAAAACAAAAGGACGACACAACCACAGCUGAUGUUGCUACUACUGAAAUUGAGACUCCACCAAAACAAAAGGAAGACACAACUGAAAUUGAGACUCCAACACAAAAUGAGAACACAACAACAGCUGAUGUGGUGGACACUAAUGAUGCCAUGACUACAACAUCACGAAAGUAUAUCUUGGAACAGACAUGGAUGCCUAAGGAAAUCUGUUUCAUUGUGGUAUGUGACAAGUGUGAAACAAAGCUUGUUGGAACAAACAAGAAGAAAUAG